UCAAUCAAACAGACGACACCACAACCAAUGGAAGAACUAACUCCAACUACAACUCCUCUCUCUCCAAUCUCUUCCACCACCACCUCCAUGUUCUACUCUUCCAAACCCUAGUCAUACCCAACCAAAACCAAAAAGGAAAAAAUCCCACACUUCCUUUCUUUUUCCCUUCAAUUUUUCUCUCAAUUCGCUCCUGAAUAUCUUCCGGUGCGAUUGGAUCUGAGUGUUUUUACAGCCCCACCUAGACCCAUCAAUCCGGAAGAGAAAUAUCGAUACCCCAGUUCUUUGGUCUCGCACUUUCUAGUGUUUUGGAUCUAAAAAUUUUAAGGUUUUUUUUUUGGUUGUUUUUAAGGUUUGUUGGAGUUAGGUUUUUGGAGGAGUUUUGAAAGGGUUUGGUGAGGUGGCAUUGCAGAGAGGAACCUGAGCUGCCAAUGCCAUUAUUGGUUUGGUCUAGAAAGAGUUUUUCGGUGGUUUUUGAGAUACCGAAAAAGCUUGAGUUUGAGCGCAUCAAUGUCGUGGGCAGGCCCGGAAGAUGUCUACCUCUCCACCUCCCUUGCCAGCUAUCUUGACCGGAAACUUCUUGUACUGCUACGAGAUGGUAGAAAGCUCAUGGGGAUACUUCGUUCUUUUGAUCAAUUUGCCAAUGCUGUUCUUGAGGAAGCAUGUGAGAGAGUUAUUGUUGGUGAUCUUUACUGUGACAUCCCUUUGGGCCUAUAUAUAAUCCGUGGAGAGAAUGUUGUUCUAAUUGGAGAGCUGGACUUGGAGAGGGAGGAACUUCCUCCACAUAUGACUCGUGUUUCAGACGCAGAAAUUAAACGGGCACAGAAAGCAGAAAGGGAAGCUACAGAUCUUAAAGGUACCAUGAGGAAAAGGAUGGAAUUCCUCGAUCUGGAUUAAUGAAAUUUGCUACUUCAUGGAGUUCCUCACAUGGCCAUCCGCAAAUAUUAUAGCGGGUUUCUUCUUUUAAUUUUUAUUUUUUAUUUUUUUCUCCCUUAUCUUUAUUUCCCCACUCCUUUGGCUGGUUAGAUAAUGUUAGAUGUUAAAGGGUCAAAUGUAUGGGAAUUAGAAUUAUAAAGCUUUAACAUUGUUCAAAUUCCCUCAGUGUAAUAUUUGUUGGAGUGAAUACAAGUAUUUCCUUUCUUUAGAAGAUUGAUGAUUCUAGUGCGGAUUUGAAAUUGAUAAAGCAUUACUUUUCUUGCUCUUGUAAUUUAUAAAAUCUAAAUUAAGAAU